AUGCGGCGAUCGAGCGGCACUCUGUCCGGUAGAGAUGCUUAUCGAACGCUAUGGCAGCAGCAGAAGCAGCAACCGCAUCGUCCGCUGAGCUCGGCUACCAUCUAUCCCGGAUACGCCUGGCCUGGUGCAAGCUCGGCUUCGGCUCCAGCAUCCUCGUCUUUGCUGCCCUUAUCCAUAUUCUCUACAGGCUCGUCGUCAUCGAAUUCGAAGGUUUCUAGAUCGUCCCGACCAUGGCUCACAUCCCUCGCCUACUCGACCUCCAAUCCAGCAUACCCACGCCCCGGCUCGAACAACGACAUCGAUCCUCUCGGAGUCGAUUACUCUGUCUUCGAACCAGAGGAUGCUGCAUACAGCCAAUAUGCAUCAACCUCGCUUAUUGCUGGAGAGGCAAACGAAUCGCAGCAUGAUACCUCUUCCUCCUCGCUAAACGCAGAUUCCAGCAUCAACAGUCUUUCUCCACCAGCACAGCUGCUCAUCCGUCUAAUAAGAGAUAAAGACUUCGAGACAGCAACGACCGUUCUCGAGGAACUCAAGAUGCUACAUACCCCGCUCAAUGAGCUGAUGCCAGACUUUGCACCCGCGGCGCUCUGGGCUAUCCAAAACGGCAAAAAGACAGAAAUGAUCUACUGGAUGCGACUCUGUCCCGGUUACACUCCAGGUACCAGGCGACUCGAAACGGCUUCCGCCCAUAAGAGCAAAGCACAGGUCGCUUCUGUAGCGUCCUACUUUCGAAAAUGCUUUAUCGUGCUUCUCGAUUCGUACGGUGACGAUCUGCGUUUGUUGCAACGAGCAAGUAUGCUUGCGGUAGAAAAGGGAAUGUGGAGCGUACUUCAGUCGACGCUGGCUCAGAUCAUCCGAUUUGGUAUGGGAAACUUGAUGGGUCCAACAUGGUCAAACUCGAUCUUGGGAUGGCAGUACUUCACCCGUCUAAUCCAGGCCAAUCAAAGUCAAAGAGGCUUGAAAGACAGGGGAAGGCAAGCAGCAAUCAAGUUAGCCACGCUUGAGCUGCGUGCGUUGUACAAUCUUGCUAUUCGCACACUAGCACUAGCUGGGCGACUGGACGAUGCGAUCUACUGGGCGGAGAAAAGCACAGAGGCAGCCGACGAGCACCAUGCCUAUUCGCAGAUCGUACGACUGGAACUGUUCACCGAGAAACUGCUCCUUGAAGAGCUCAUUCGAGCUGGAGGAGGCUAUUUAGAUCAAGCUCAGCAACUUGCCAAGAAUGUGUCCCACGCUCGUACAGGGUCUGGGAAGCGCAAGAAGCUCGAUAUCGACAGAAUUCGGAGUCAGAUCGAGCGGGAGACGACGCAGGCUUCGGCAGCGAAGGAUCGAGACUUUGGAGCAGCAAGACCAGAAUCUCUCCUCGAUCAGACAAUUCAAUCGUAUAUGGACCAAGGCGACGUCGUUACAGCCAGAGACCAUCUUCUUUCCGUUCUGGAGUCGGCUUCACGGAUUCAGUAUGGACCAGACGAGUCAAUUCCGGCUCACGAUGCUCUCUACGCAGAUUCAUCAUACGUAAACUUUGAACAUCUUCCCUCAGCCAGGGUACUAUCAGAUCUCCACGACUUGGCCAACAAACAUGGCAUUAUUCCUAUCACAGUCUCUCUCACCGAAACAGACCUGAGCCAAGUCGCCGCUCCUGACGGCUCACAUGAUGCAUACCGAUCCCAAGAAAUGCUGACGGCGGAAGAGUUUCUGCGCCCGGUCCGACAGAAGCUUGUCAUGGUCAAAGGAGGUAAAGGAUUAUGGCAGACAGCGAGGCUUUAUGGAUAUAUCAAGAAGGGUCAAUGGACAGAUGCUGUUCAGUACUACAUUGACAAAGCUGGCUUCAGAGUACCUGCUGGAGGUAUCAGUAUGAAGCUCAUCUCUCUUGCGCUAGAUCAGCAACCUUUGCCGAAAGCGAGUAAGCGGGAGCAACUGAACAAAGCACAAUGGUUGCGUGGCAAAGACUGGCCUUCAACACAUGCCAUAAACUUGAUGAUCAGGGCAAUCGUUGGAAUCUGUGUUGAUGCAAAGGACUAUUCUCGCCUCACUCAAGUGUACCGGAUGUGGAGAGAGGCAUCCAUGCCGACUAGGCUCUCGGAAGAGGAUCAAAAGGCGGAAGAAGCGGAGGAGUUGGUCUUUCAAGAAUGGCUGCCAUCACAACGGCCGGACAGCUACACCUUUGAUCCUUUCAUUCGCGCGUUCGGUCGACUCAAUGUCGAGGUCGAAUCCGGCUCGCCAUCGUCCUCCUCCUCACCUGCAGCGAAAGAGGGAAGCGGAACAGCUCGAACAGAUAUACAAACCUGGGGCUCAAGUCAAGCAGUCCUCGAUCUGAUCCGUGAUAUGACGGACAUCUUCUCCAUCCGACCCAGCAUCAGCACUUGGACCAUCGCCCUCGAAUGCCUUGCUCGCGAAGGACGCUCACGUUGGACAGCUACCACCUCCAUCCUCGCCCGCGCUGUCGGCAUCAACACUACCUCCCCUCUCUCCUCUUCCUACACAAUGGUACAGAGGGCCGAAGAUAACUUUGAACCAGCGAACUCGGUCACUUACACCGCAAUGUUGCGGGCGCUGAUCCGCGUUCCGCGUGAAGACGGAGGAAGUAUGGUGGAAGAAGCUGCUGCAAUCAGAGACGAUCUAUUGGUGAGGACGAUGAAUUUGGAUGUAGCGGUGAGGCAGAUGUUACUUGUAGAGGCAGAAGAGCAGACUGAUGAAGGUCAGCAAUUCUGGAGAGAUCUGUUGCAGAGAUGGCAGACGGUACAGGAGGCGGUCUUUACGCGAGGCAACACAGCAUCAGACGAGAGAGCAAGAUGGCAAGCAGCAGAGAUGAUCAGAGCGAAUGGCCGACGUACGAUUGAAGCAAUGCAUGAGCUGUGGAUGCUGGAGUCAGCGGCAGAAGCUGAUAGAGAGACUUCCACAGCGUAA